AUGGGCAGCUACUUGGGCAGGCAGGGCCUGCCGUGGCCCUCGGCCCCGGCCCGGGCCACGGCCCGGACCCCAGAUCCGACCCCGGCCCCGGCCCGCAACAGCGACCUGAGCCAGCGCUCGGCCCUGCAGCGGCCGGCCCAGCCCCUGCGCCAAGUGCACCGGGUGCAGCUCAUCCACCGGGCCCACCCCGUGCCCCGGCACCGGCCGGCCCAGCGGCCCCCGGACUGGGACCCGUCGCAGCCCGCCGCCCGGAGGCUGGGGGAGGCCUGGGUGCGCUUCCCGCAGCGCAAGGCCGCCGGGUGCAUCAGGUCCCUGCCCGCCGACUGGUGGGAAUGCUACUUGAAGCGCAGCCUCUGGGCUCUCAGGCACCCCAAGAGGGUCUGGAGCCCCGUGACGGUCCAGAUCGCGCCCCCGGAGAGGCUGAGACAGCCCAGAGUGUCCCCCGCCGCGCCCCCGGCCGAGGUGGUCACCUUGGCAGGUGCGAAUGCCCUGGAGAAGACCCCCAGCCCGAACCCUUGUGCCAAGGAGACGGUGCUGAGCGUGCUGCGAGACAGCGGCCUAGGGAAGGUGCAGCGGGGGUCACACCUCUUCACAGACCCCCUGGACCCCCGGGCCCCCCCGAAGAGGCCCUCGGCCUUCAGGGUCCUGGAAAGAAGAGGCCACUUUCCUUCCUACGCGCCCCGGCCGGGUCCCCUGCAGCGCGGCCUUCGUGCCAGCCAGCGCUCUGAUCAGGCCUUGCGGAGGGCGGCCAGUAGCUGCUCCUUGGCCAGCGACCACCUUUUGGGGGCCCCGAGCGCCCACAGAAACGCCAUCAGCAGCUCCUACAGCUCUCUGGGACAGUUUAAGCAGCCCAGGAAGAGAAGCGCAUCCCCCCAGACCCCAGAGUGGCCUGUAAAGAGGCCAGGGAAAAGUCCUGGGGUUCCUGUUUCGGCGCCCCUGAAGAUGGACAAGACACGAAAAGAUACCAGUAGGUCUGGACCAUCAGACCCAAAGGUUCCGAUGUUGAGCGGCAGCCCUGGGGACCCGACACCCCAAUCCGCAAAGGUCCCAUUGGGUGAUGCUUUGUCUACGCGGAACCAGACUGGAAACCGGCAGAGCGGCCCAGCCCAAAAGGGCAGGUCUGGGGUCACCACGGCCAACUCUAGCCCUCAGAAACCGCCAGAUGCCCUGGCUCACAGCUUGGCCUCUGCCCACACAGCGCUGGCCCCGGCCUUAGAGCUUCUGCUGGAAAGUUUAAAGAAAAGCCGGCAGACCCCAGCACCUUCAGGUGUCCCCCAGUUUUCUGCAGGUGCCAUUGGUGCGGCCCAGACUCCUCCAAAGCGCCCCAGCUUGCCAAGUCAACAGUCAGAAUCUUCCUCAGAUGCCAAGCCCAAAGCUGCUGCUUCUGUCUUGGUCACCCCUGAUUCUUCCACUUCACAGACAGAAUCUUCCUCAGAUUCCAAGCCCAAAGCUGCUGCUGUCUUCGUCACCCCUGAUUCUUCCACUUCACCAGUCUCGGAUGCCUCGAAGUCACCCCCAAAGCCUAAGGCUGAAGGGUUUCCCAGGCCCCAACACCUUCCGAGGGACAGUCCUGCGCCUCCUGCUAGGCAAAGUGAUUUUCCUGGGGGGUUGAGUAAUCCCGUUCCCCCUCCUCCUGCAUCUCUGCCUCCAGCUGCAACUUCGGACUCCUCCGUGUCCAAACCCAGUUUGGGGCUCCCAUCCACAUCUUCUGGGGUCCCCAGAGGAGCCCCAACAGCUUCGACGACUCCGACUGUCUUACCUUACACCUUCAAGCCCAUCUUUGGCACCAAGGAAUCUCCUCAAGCCACGCCGUUGGCUUCAUCUCUCCAUCUCCAGAAUGGUUCGUCUCCCCACCACCUCCAGGGCACGGUCGUGGCCUCCAGCCUAGCUGGCACCCCCCAAACUGGUGCCACGCAGGUCCCGCAGGAUGUGGGUGCCACCAGUUUCUCCUUGCCCACGGCAGGCUUUGUCUUCUCAGCCCCCCGGAACUCCACCAUUCCCACCGUGCAAACCGUCACCAUCUUGAACCAGGUUGUCCCCAGCACUGUGCCCAUCUCCUCCAACAAAAGCACCUCCGGUCAGGAGCAGCUGGGGGGCCUUCAGCCAGUCUCCAAUCCGGUCACCCCAGCACCGCCCGCCGUGUCAGCCAGAAUUUCCACAGCGACUACAUCGCUCCCCACAACCCUGCAGACAAGCGCCAGACCUCCUUUCCCACCGUCUGUGGGAGCCGUGGGGUCUGCACAGAGUCAGAAGCCAAGCGUGCCCUCCGGAGCUACCCCAAAUUCUGCACACACACUGACUUCAGCAGGCCCCAUCUUCAGGGGGACCCUUUCAGCGGUUCCCUCCUUCCCCCUUUCCACCAGUAUCCAGCCCGCCUGGGGCAGCAAAAUGGCAUCGAGUCUCCCCCUCCCUCAGGCUGGCACAUCUGCUUUGGGGGUUGUGUCUCAGGCCCCCCAGAGGGGGCCUUCUGGCUCUGUGUUCGGUAGCACAGCCCCACGACCGUUUGCUUUCGGGGGCUUAGAGACCCCAAUGGACUGUGUGGAGAGCGGACUCAGUGGGACAAACUCAUCGGACAAGAUGGGCGCUUCCAACAUGGGGCCCAUUCAAAGCGGGACUGUGGGUCUGGUCCCCCCUUUUGGAAGCAACUGGAGCCAGAACAUUCCAGGCCAGGGCAGCCAGAGCUCAGUGUCUGCCUUCGGGGGGUCCAAAUUUUCUCUGGGGAAAAUCGCUUUUGGGGCCUUCACCUCUUUUGCUCAGACCACUCUUGCCCCAGGGCCAGCUAAGGUGGGAAGCGGCCAGGGUUCAGGGGUGCCCCCUUCAGCCGCCCCCAGUGCUCUCGGCAGAGGUCCUGUCAAAUCGUUUUCCAUUGGCAUCAAAUCUAAAACUUCAAGGCACAGGGACCAGGGACACUCCCGAAGGCGCAAUAGCCACAAGAAAUAG